CUUUCUUCUUCUUCUUCUUCUUCUUCUUCUUCUUCAUUUUUCUAUGUGCAUGUAGUUGCAGACAUGAACAGGGCAACGAAGAUAGCCCUAGAUAACUUAAACAACUCCCCCUUUCACCUCAGAACCGCUCUCUUUCAUUCAACUCCUGUCCUCGAUCGUCGACGACGCACUCACUGGGAGUCUGCUGGAAGUUUCUACAGGAGUUCCUCAAGGAGACCCAAUUUCAAUUCAAGAAGACAAAGAAAGUUUUAUGCUAAACAAGAGUUGCUGAGGAAUGCUAAUGCCUUCACAGAAAACCUUUUCCAGGGGUGGCGUGAUUUUGAUGAAUUCGACCCAUCUUCAAGUCAUGGAAGCUCCUCGUUUAAAGGUUUCAAUAUGUCUGGGGGUUUCAAUGGGAACAGAGCUAGCAAGGGGCCUCGGGCUACAGGCCGCAGAAAAGGAUACCAGUUCCAUGAAGAUGUUGAAGAAGUAGAAACGAUUUUCCGCUCUGCAUUUGGUGGAAAUGGGUUCUACUUUUGGUCCUUCAUAAAUGAUGAACCACCGAGGAGCUCAUCAGGCUUCCAUAGUAAUCAUCGGACCUCACGGAGUUGGAGACACCGGUUGGAAGAUGAAGAUGAAGAUGAAGAUGAAUUCUCAUCUGAGUCAGACAGAGUCGAAACUAAUUUAACAAAAGAUAGGAUGACCCUUGGUUUAAGUGGUUCUGGCCCUUUAAGCCUUGACGAUGUUAAAAAUGCAUACCGAGUAUGCGCGCUUAAAUGGCAUCCAGAUCGUCAUGAGGGUUCUUCCAAGGCUAUUGCUGAGGAGAAAUUCAAGGUCUGCAGCGCUGCAUAUCAAUCUUUGUGCGAUAAGCUGGCUCUGAAUUAAGAAAAACAUGCUGUAUGAUUGAUUUAAUGUUAUUAUGUUUGGUUUUUGGAUCAUCGCUAAAUAUGAGAGUCGCAUAACGUAACAUGAGGUUCAGCAGCGGAUGAUGGUCGUGUCGGUUUUAAGGUCAAAAUGUGGUAGCAAGCAGCAUUGAAAGGUGGUAGAUGCAUUAGAUUUUGUUAUUGUAAGUUAUUAUUAAGUUGUUUCUGAACCAUUAAAUGACAUGAUCUCUUUGCCACAAUUAAGACUGGUACAUGCAAUAAAAAGGAUACUAUUUAUUC